CACUCCUCUCAUAUCCUCCAUCGAUUUUCUGGGACGAGUUGACACCAUUAUUAACUCAGAACGUGACAAUGUCCAACUCAAGCGACUCGCCUUCCCCAACCCAACCCUCUCAUCACACUCAUCCCAUUCCCACAACCAAAACGUCGUCGUCGUCUUCAUUAUCAUGGCCCUCGGCUUUUCUUAUCUUCUCAGUUCUGGGUCCACUGGCAAUAGCUCUGCUCAUCUACCAACUCGACUCGCUCGACCCAGCUCCUCUACCCCUCCACGAGUUGACUCAGCCAGUCGCGGCUGCUCCAACGCGUAAUGCCCACAUGCUCAAAGGGUUGGAGUUUGUGGGUGCUGGGGCUUUGCUGGUGCCCGAAGACGUGGCUUAUGACUCAAAGUCGGGGCUGAUUUACACGGGUUGUGCUGACGGGUGGGUCAAGCGAGUCAGGCUGAACGAGUCGGCUGCUGACUCGGUGGUGGAGAACUGGGUUUUCACCGGUGGGAGGCCGCUUGGACUCGCUCACGGCCAUAAGAACGAGGUCUUUGUGGCUGACACAGAAAAGGGGCUAUUGAAGAUAAGUGAGGACGGAACAGUAGAACUGUUGACAGAUGAGGCCGAGGGUGUAAAAUUCAAGCUACCAAACUGCGUAGAUGUAGCACAAGAUGGCAUGCUUUACUUCACAGAUUCUUCACACAAAUACAGCUUAAAAGACGUCUUCUCGGAUAUUUUAGGGGGCAGACCCCAUGGCAGAUUGAUGAGCUACAACCCAACAACCAAAGAGACCAAAGUUCUGGUCCACAACCUCUACUUUGCCAACGGAGUGGCAGUCUCUCCAGAUCAAAACUUCGUUGUCUUCUGUGAAACUGUCAUGAGAAGGUGUAGAAAAUACUAUCUACAAGGCAGUAAAAAAGGGAGUGCAGAAAAUUUUAUUGACCAUUUGCCAGGCUUGCCCGAUAAUAUCAGAUAUGAUGGGGAAGGCCAGUACUGGAUUGCAUUGGCCACG